AGUCGUAGUUGGUAAAACUUCAUGAUAUAUCGUCAGUGAUGUUUUGUAUUCUUAGUCGUUUGAGGCGUUCUUAAGAUUGAAAAAUUCCAAUUUUGGACUAGACUGACGAUUCAUUUACGCAAACAGCUUAGAUAUAUCAAAUUUAUCACUGUAGUCAUAACUUAAAAAAUCAAUCUAACGGAAUAGCCUUCUUAAGUUCUCCAAAAUUCGAAUUCAUUUAAAAAAAAAAUGGCAGUGAGUUUUUUCAAACAAAGAACGAACCGUGAAAGCCAGAUGAGAACCAAAACGCAGACUGGACCAGGGACGGCGCCAUCACCAGCUUCGCCCGGUGGUAUCGGUUUCAGCCAGAGUAUGAAAGAUCUGACUCGUCCGAAACCGGGCUUUUCUCCGGAGCGAAUGAAAGCACAGCACAAGUCCGGAUCGCCUGUGUUCGCUGGAUUGAGCAGCGUCCAGAAGGCUGGAAGCUUCACUAGUCGAUCAUUGGAAACUUUAACCCGACCCAAAAGUGCUGAAUCGCCUUCGCUUCUGCCUGCUAUCGAAAAUAACCGAAACGGAGCCUCUAACUACCAAAUGACCAAUCAGAAUGGCUCGAUUUUUGGGCAAACGUCAGCCAAUCAAAACGCUUCUAAUGGAGCUACAGGAAUGAUUGCGCCAUCAAUGUCUUCAGUUGGAAUUUCAGUCGGAAAUGGAACAAGCUCGGCGAAUGCGAGUAACGCAGUAGGCGUGAGCAGCGGGGCGGGAGGGGUGUCGCCGGGAAACACCCCUGGAAACUCUGUGCCAAAGAACUACUCCGCUACAACAACCUUACUGCUUCCACAGUAUAGUAUUCAACCACUCCUGUACCUUAACAACCUGCUGACAGUUGCCAAACUGGAUGAAUUGAGACGCAAUAGUGUGGCAACCGCUUUUCCCAAUUCACCCUACCCCCUGAAGACACCUGCACCAACUACUGCAGCUGCAGUGUCCGGACUUUUCGCACCCGGAGGAGGAGCACAUCACCAUCAUCAUCAGUUUGGAGUCAGCACUGUGCCGGCGGCGGCGCCUUUGAGCGCGGCUCAGAACUUCAUGCUCUCAGAUUUGAGCCCUAGAAAAUUUGAGUUUGAUCAAAUACGGAAGCCAACUCCUUCGGUACAACUGCCGCCCAUAUCGAAGAGCUCAUUUUCAUGCAAAGAGUGCUUUUUCACGACAAAUCAGCAAAGCAAACUGGAUAUUCACAUAAUGACCAUCCACAAUCAAAUCAGACGACAAAUAGAGAAGCCAAUCACUAGCGAGAGCCAGGAGAGAAGUUUCAACCAAUCCGCGGACGGCUCGAAUACUCACUUCGACGAACACAACACGACUUCAGAAUCGAAUCCGAACAACGAUUCGGGCAGUUCGUCGUUGAACUCGCUGUCCAAUCAGAGCGGAGUAAGUCAAAAACCUUUUAAAUGUACUAACUGUAGUUACAGUACAAUUUAUGAAAACUGUCUCAAAUCGCACCAAGCGCGGCACUCGACUGAGUUUGAAGAAAUUCUUCAGUCCACACUCUUGACUGAAAUGAAAUUUGGCGGCGGAUAUAAGUGUACGAUCUGCAACAAUUAUAACACAUCCUACAAAAAGUGUCUUGCAAGUCAUUUGCUUAAACAUAAAAAGGGAUCUUCAGGUCUAGUAGGCCCAAUUCAGAAAAUCACUCGUCCGAGAAGUUUGUCUAACAAGUCAUCAAAUAGCCGAAGUGGUUCAGCAAAUGGCGGCGCUCCCGAUUCUUACCGGCGGCCGACGAGCGGAAACAGCAGUGUGAACUACUCAGACGACGAUCAGUGUAGUUCGCUACUCGAGGCGACGAACCGAGACUUGACGAUUGACGAAGAAGGGGAGCUUCCUGAGUUCGAAAUUCCCCAGGAAUGUGACGAGGACGACGACGCUCCGAGUUCUAAACGACAAAAUAUGCGAUCGUCGAACGAAUACAUGGACGUUGACGAACACCGCCAGGUCGUGACUUCAACACCCGACGUCACGCGAAGAUCCGACGUCGCAAUGCGACAAUCUGACAACGCGUGUCCAUUUUGCGAGACGAUUUUCAAAAGUGAGAGAAUGUUUAAUGUUCACAUGUCGUUUCACAGCGAAGUUAAUCCGUUCACGUGCAAAUCUUGUGGAGAAGUUUGCAGCGAUAGUUAUGAGUUUGAGCUUCAUUUGAUUCAUGCGCCUCAUUAAUUGAACAGUUUCACACUCAAGAAAAAUAUCGUGGUAUUUUUGGCAAUUUGGUUUUUCGAAUCUCGCAGAUGUUGACUAAUCUAAGCAAGUUUUAGACAUACGUUUAACGUUUAAUUCAAAGUUCACCAAACUGGUGAUAUCGAAAAUUAAAUUUUUUAUAGGUUAAGUUAAAUUGUUCUGGAAACAAAUUUUGUUCGAAGUGAAUUACAUUUGUUAUUGUAUAUCAUAGUAACAAUCGGCUCUUUUUGCUCCUGUGAUUUUUAGUUCAA